GCACAAGCGCAAGGCGAAGAGGGGGCUUCAAUCAACCCUAGCGAGCAAGGAGAGGAGGCGCCUGAGGAAGAUGGGUAUACAGCCAGACGGGGAGGAGGAGGGGAGUGAGAGCGAGGGUGAAGGGGAGGAGGAGGGAGGGGAGGAUGGGGAGGGGAGAGGUGGAGGAGAUAAGGCGAAAGACCUGAAGCUGAAACACUAUCAGAUUCGGGCCCAGGAUAUGCUGCAUCAACAUUUGGACAAGCUACUGGAGAUAACUGUAGCUGCUGCAGAGAAAGGAGUAGGGGAAGGAGAGGGAGCAGAGGAUGCUGUCAAUGAAGAGCCGAAAUCAAAGGAGACCGUUGCGUUAGAUCGGCAAAACGCGAAAGAUGCUUCGGCUUCAGAAGAACCGAAAACAGAUGGCAAUCAAGCUCCAGAAGAAUCGCCGUUGAAGAGGAUGAAGGUAGACCCAGAAAUGUCUCUCCGUGUGAAGAAGCUGUCAGAGACGGCAGUUCUUCCCAAACGAGGGUCUGCGAGUGCUGCCGGUUACGAUCUUUCAAGUGCACAUGACAUCACCGUGCCUGCAAGAGGGCAAGCACUCGUCAAGACUGACCUCGCAGUCGCCAUUCCGUUGGGGACUUACGCUCGAGUGGCGCCUCGCUCUGGCCUUGCCCUGAAACAUUCCAUCAACGUGGGAGGCGGCGUGGUUGACUAUGAUUACCGUGGAAAUGUGGGAGUGAUUCUCUUCAAUCAUUCUGACAAGGACUUCCCUGUGAAGGUCGGCGACAGAGUUGCACAGCUGAUCCUGGAACGAAUAGUCACUCCUGAUGUUGUGGAGGUGGAAGAGUUGGAUGAGACCACACGGGGGGCUGGAGGGUUUGGCUCCACAGGGGGCAGCGACGCUUUGAAGCAUACAUAG